CAAGAUAAGAUCAUUGGGUAGUGCAGAUACAUAGUCAAUUAGUUUUAGCAUUACGUUCUUAUGCUUACGAACGUGACCUCUUCUGUUUGACACUAAUCGCUACACAUCCAAAUCAUAUGAUUGCACCGAUGCGCACGACUUGUGGGCAGCAAAACCAAGCAACCCAGCGAUGGAACCGGCCGCCGACGGCGACGCGCACAGGCAGCGACGUGAAGAUGACCGAGCGCCUAUCGUCUCGCUCCGGCCGCUGGGCCUGGCGGACGCCGUCGACUUCAUGGCGUGGGCGUCGGACGACCGCGUGAUGCGGUUCCUGAAGCGGCCGCUCUGCGCCACCCGGGAGCAGGCCGUGGCGCAGAUCAGGGACACCGUGCUGGGCCACCCGUGGUUCCGCGCCAUCUGCGUCGCCGGUCGCCCCGUGGGCCAGGUCUCCGUCUGGCCGUACGCCGACGAGGGUGGUCACAGGGCCAACCUCGGCUACGCCCUGGCGCGCGACCACUGGGGCCGGGGCAUCGCCGCCGCCGCCAUCAGGAUGGUGGUGGCGAGGGUGUUCGACGAGCUGUCGAGGCUGGAGCGGCUGGAGGCGGUGACGGACGUGGAGAACGUGCGGUCGCAGAGGGUGCUGGAGAAGGCUGGCUUCAAGAGGGAGGGGGUGCUGCGCAGGUACAUCGCCGGCCGCGGCGGCGGCGAGGCCAGGGACGCGGUGAUCUACAGUUUCUUGUCGUCGGACCGCGCGUGACCCGCGCGUCGCGCGGCUCUGCUUCGGACAAGAACUCGGCAGGGAAUGACUCGAGCAGAGUGCUCUGUACCGUAUGUACACUUGUCGUCAAUCUGCACCGGUAAUUAGUAGCGAACGACGGCAUGCAUGAAACAGUUAUGUAUCCUGGUAGUGGUACAACAAUGCAACUUCCCCUGCAUCUUGGGGAAAUAUCCUACCAAGUUCAUAAAUUCCACAGCAAACAGUUUGAUUCCUUCAAAA